AUGUCGAGCGACAAGGAAGAUAUUACAGGAGGGCCUCAUCACAGCGAGGACCUCGAGCAUACUGCCACCCACGGCACAUAUCUCGAUCCAGAAGAAGCAUCCCAUCUCUCGGCAGAGCACCGUCACUAUCUACUCCAAAGGCAUGGAACACUCGAUCUUGACCCCCUUCCUACCAUGGGAGACGCAGAUCCGUACAACUGGCCAACAUGGAAGAAAGUGCUCAACCUCAUAUUCGUGGCCUUCCACGCCUUGAUGUGCGCUUUCGCCGCCAGCGCCAUCAUCCCAGCCUACCAGAGCAUCGCCAAAGACCUCGGUGUCAGCCUGCAAAAGACCUCCUACCUCACCUCUCUUCAGAUCGCUAUACUAGGUGGAGCCCCGCUAUUCUGGCGCCCUUUAUCCACACGCUAUGGCCGGAGACCUAUCUUUAUCAUUUCAUUGAUCGGCAGCCUGUUGUUCAACGUCGGCUGUGCGAGGAGCCAGACGUACGCUACAAUGGCAACCUGUCGCGCCUUCCAGGCAUUCUUCAUCAGCCCGCCCAAUGCAAUUGGUAGCGCUGUAGUUGUAGAGACGUUUUUCAAGAGGGAGAGGGCGAGAUAUAUGGGUGUCUGGACUGUGAUGAUCACGGUGGGAAUCCCGCUUGCGCCGCUCAUUUGCGGAUUUGUGACCUUCCACGCGGGAUAUCGAUGGAUUUACUGGCUUCUAGUCAUCAUCAACGGCGUGCAACUUGUUCUAUACACACUGUUUGGCCCGGAGACGCGCUUUAUUCGGCAUAACGUUCAGCACGCGCUCUCCGGCUUCGCUGCGUUCAAGGAGUCAUAUCUGAAAUUCCGUAGGAUCGACCCUACGCCUAUCACGCUUAUUGAGUUCGUCUCACCGUUGCGAUUGAUAAAGUAUCCCUGCGUUAUGAUCCCAGCGGCGGCGUAUGCGAUGGUUUUUCUGUUCGCUUCUGUCCUCACCACCGUUGAAAUACCGCAACUGUUCGGGGAGAAGUUCCACUUCAACUCACAACAGCUUGGCCUGCAGUUCCUAGGGCUGAUAAUUGGAUCUAUUAUCGGUGAGCAAAUCGGCGGACACUCUAGUGACUUGUGGAUGCGCUGGCGGGGCAAGAAGAUGGCACCCCGCAAGCCGGCCCCGGAAUUCAGACUCUGGCUCAGCUACUUUGGCAUCCUGCUCACGAUAUGCGGGAUGGUCGUGUUUCUCAUUCAAAUUGACAAGGCUCCGGAAGGACACUGGAACGUUACGCCCAUCAUCGGCGCGGGUAUCGCAGCUGCGGGGAACCAGAUUGUCACAACGGUGCUCAUUACGUACGCGGUGGAUUGCUAUCCGGAUGAAGCGGGCAGUAUUGGUGUAUUCAUCACGUUUGUUAGGCAGAUAUGGGGGUUUAUCGGGCCUUUCUGGUUCCCGGAUAUGUUCACCAACAUCGGCCUUGCUGGCAGUGCUGGUAUUGUGGCUGGAUUACUUGUUAUCGCGGCUUUGGUUCCGGUUGCCGUGACGCAUUGGAAAGGUGAUAGAAUGAGAGGGAACAUGUCUGCGAGGAUGUGA